GUUUUUCAUCUCUCAUAUGUUUUACAGGCAUAAAACGUACUCUUUAGUUGGACGCGAAUCAUAAUAAACUUUCAUUUCAGCUGAUCUACUCGUAGGCUUAUGUUAGACAUCCGACCGAGUUAGAAUACCUAACUUUUAAAAGUACUUCUCAGUUCACGUUUUGUCAGCUUUUUGUCAUUGUUAUUGUUAUCAAUUCUUUUCGACUGUGAACGUGUAUGUUUUCAGUUUAUUAUUUUUUCUCUCUCUUCAGUUCUUGUGCUUAGUAUUUAUUUCAGACUGAUGGAACAACAUCAACUCGUCGGAAUAGACCCGAAUUUUAUGUACUUCUUGAGUCCUUGGCUGUUUGUCUUACGAAUUUACACUGCAUUUGAACCUAACACAUCUUGUUGUCUUAUUUCUAUGUGCAAAUUGUCUAGGAUUCAAGACUUAAUCUUUCGAUGUCAUUGUUUAUAAUUGCGUUCUCUGAUCAGCAUUCUUGGAAGGUUAUAUGUGGAGGUAUGACCUACAUGAUAGAAAUCUCUAGGCAGUUCUGGGCUUGGUACCGAUUUUCACUGUCUUGCUUUGUCCAAACGUCGACAUUUUAGUAUUAUCCAGCCUUAUAAGUUUAUUUCGGAGUAGAAAGAUAACUCCGUACUACCAACCUUCAGACCACUUAGAACCUUUUCUGAGAUCACUUUCGUUGAUUCCACUUAGGAUUUAUGUGGCAUGUAUUGUUGAUCAUUGAGUCAGUUAUCCUGAUGAUCAAUAAUCUGACGAACAGCUUGAUUGAUUAAUAAAUAUUCCAAAUAUCACUUCUUUCUAUUUUUCAGACAACAUUUCGCUUCUUUUGGUGGAAUAUGAUUCCCACUUGAGACCAGUGAACAUUAGUGACUCAUCUACAAUCUACGAAUAUCAAUCUUUUGUUAUGACGUUUAGGCAGCCUGUCUUGAGUCAUGAUCAAGAGGAUUUUAAAGAAGACAUCCUUAAUCAUUUGAAAGAGACUGAUUAUCGCGUGUAUCGAACAAGAUGGAUAAUUGUCUUUACAUUUGCGUCAUUGAGUUGUACAAAUGCUUAUUUGUGGAUAUCUUAUUCCCCUAUUGCUAACUACUUUGUCGAGUUUUACUCAACAAGUAACACGGUUCUCAAUCUCAUUUCUCUAAUUUACCCUUUGACUACGAUAGUACUUGGUCUCCCAAUAGCGUAUGCCAUAGAUCGUCUUGGGGUUCGUUUCAUUGUUUUAUGUACAGCCAUUUGUAACUUAUUGUGUGGGUGCAUGCGCGUUUUGAGUAGCGCACCACAUAUAAAUAUUUCAUCCUCUGGACGUCUCAUUUUGAUAGUAUUCGGACAAGUAAUCGCUUCUUUUGCUCAACCAUUCUGUUUGUUCUGCACAACCAGUCUUGCGUGCGAUUGGUUUCCCGACAAUCAGCGUACCACCGCAAACACUAUUGCGUCUCUUGGAAAUUCAGUAGGCAUAUUGCUGGGCAGCGCGUUUGCCCCUAAUUAUGUCAAGAGUUCUUCCGAUAUUGUUAGUUUCAAUUAUAUAUCCUUGGGAUUGGUUGCUGUUCAGUUCUUGUUGUCAAUAUGUUUAGUCCGCAGAGGUAAACCAAUCACACCCCCUUCAUAUGUGGCGACCUUGGCUAUAGCUAAUCGUCGAGUCAACUCUAACAGACAUUUUAUUUCACUUCAUUCUUUAUGCAACUUUUUGAAAGCGUUUGGUCCACCCCUUAAGCUCUAUGGAUUUUGGAUUGUUACAAUUACAUUCAGUAGCUGUAUUGGAUAUUUUACUGUCUUGUCGGCUCUUCUACAGCAAAUUCUGUGUACAAAAGGUUACUCCAACCAGUUUGCUGGGUUUUGUGGAUCAAUCACAAUAGUUGCAGGCUUAGUAGCAGCUGGUCCUGUUGCAUUGUUUGUUGAUAGAACGGGAUUCCUUAUUGAAACAUUAAAGAUCACAUUUUUACUAAGUGUUUUGGGCUCUGUCUGCUUAAGUAUUGUAUUUUGGUUCCCUAAUCAGCAAAUACUAAUCACCAUUUGUUUAAUUUGGCUUGGAGCAUUUGGUUUCUCUCAGUUUUCCCUGUGUUUAGAACUAGCUGCAGAGGCGACUUAUCCAGUUUCUGAAGCAAUUACAACCAGCUUUCUUAUCAUCUCCAACCAAAUAAUUUCCCUCGCAAUGUUGCCUGUUUUACAGUUUACUGCACCUUUAGCUAACAAUUCAACUAAAAUUAUCAGCACUUGUGGUCCAAAUGAAGAUAUCCGGGAUUUCAGUGCACCACAUAUGGGUUUAUGUGCUUUUAUGGUUUUAUUAUCAAUUGUCCAACUUUUCACCUUAAAGUUACCAUAUAAACGACGAGAAUGUUUAAAUUCUGUUGUAAUCACUGUUGGAUCUAAUAAUUAUAUCAAUGAGGCAAAUGAUGAAAUUCCAGAGGAUUUCUAAUGGGGAAAAAAGACAAAUAGUUAUAACACAGCCUAUUUAUUGUAAUUAUUUAUUUUAUUUAUCCAUUCAAUCCUUACGAUUUUUUUAUGCUGAAACGUUGAAAUUACAUCUAUUUAUUUGUUUGCAUAAUAGGUAAUAUUUAUUCUCUAUUAUUUUUCUAUCUUUUAUUUAUUGCGGAAUUGUUGAAUUACUUUUGAGACAUUUCUUUAUUGACUGAUAUAUUUAUAUAUAUCUUCUUGUUUAAAAAUACAAAUGAUUAUUCAAUAAUGAACAUUAUGAUUAUUAUUACUGCACAACACAACAAAUUCCACACAAUAGAUUUCGAUUUGUUUACAUAGUAUUCAUUGUUCGAAGUAAGGUAAAUUUACGUUUACUUAGUAUUGUUACAACAUUUUUAAUGAGUUAAUAUAAUUUUAUUGAUAUAGCUGCAAACUUUCGAUAGAUAUGAUUAAUUGUCGAUAUAACCUUGGUUAUCCUUUUAGAAAAACGUAACGGAUAGAUAUCUUUAUCUCGUAUUUUUAAUGUAGACCAUUAGCCAAAUCCAAAUUCAUGUGUAAUUGGCUCUGCAACAUAUAUCUUAUCUAAGAGAUGGUAAGGAUGCCGAAACUCAAGAAGUGAUUCUGAGUAUUUAGAAGUCAAGUUAUUCAAUCGCCAAAAUGUCAUAUUUUCCCGCAGAAAUUUGAUAACUAACUUCUGAUUAAUAGUCAAACUAUUCGAGGAAUGUAGUUUGUCUAAAAAUUUUAGUGGCAAGAUACGAUAUCGUUAAGCAUUUGAUCUCAUAUUUAAAAGUAACUGUCUCAGAUUUAUUUAUUGGAACGUUUUGAUUAAUGUUGCUCAUCAAUCAUGACAACCUUUAUGAAAUUUGUAAAUUUGUAACGAAUUCAAAUGUGGAGCAUUUUACUGCGAUGGAUAUACUACAAUAAGCUAUCUAGCUUUUACACCUAUCUUUGUGGACUGAACUGUUAUCUCAAGAAAUAAAAACAUAAAUAUUAAAUAAAGCAUAAACUUAAGAUAAAUGAAUUCAGAGAAAUCUGGUCAUUUUAUCGGUCCCCCCCCUCUCCCACAUAUCUAAGAUGUGCAGCUAUUAGUCGAGCACAUGAACACGUUUCCCGGUUAUUGACUUACGUUAAACCAAAUCAACGCACAGUAUGUGGGUUCAGGUUCAAACGUUAGACGAAGUCAUCUCGCGGAAAUUACAAUUGAACAGAAUAUGAAGUAUUGAAAUAGGAUUGGUAUGGAUGCAUUUUAUUACUUUUGCCUAUCUUAACAAUCAAUGAAUUAAUAGAUUGUUUAUCAUGAUAUUUAAUAAAGUGUAUAUUAAAUGCCGACAAAAGGAUCAAGCAAUGUUUCGGCAUUUAAUUCACUUUGGACUAUAAUCCGUAUAAAUAUACAAUUAUUACGGUUUAAUUCCAUGAGAAAAUUUAUAACAAAUAUAUAUUUAAAUUAUAAUAACUGGAAUUACCUUGGUUUGUCGGAACAGACUGUCGGGACAAAUAUUGUAACCAUUAACUUUCAGUCGUGAAAAUCUUAACAAUAGCUAUAGAAUGUCUUCUGAACCAGAUACCGAUUUUCCUGGAGCAAUUCUCCUAAAUCUCGAUAAAAGUUCCUUUGAAGCACUUUUAUUAAUUUAAAAGGAAUUCAACACCUUUAUAUAUUGGUUCUAAACUAAACCCUAUAAAUGCUUUGUACCUAUAAUCUGUAUUUGAAUUUCAACGCUUCUAAAUUGUUUUAUUUAGUACAUGCAGAUGUAUUUUAAGCUGAAUAGGUAAAAUUAAUAUAAACAGAAUUAAUUAAAGGAAUUUUCUGAAGUUUUCAUGAGAACCAAAAGUAAUAAUACUUGAUGCAAACAUUCCUAUUAUGUAAUUUUAAUUGCUAUCCAAUUUUCUGAUUAAUUUUUUAUUAAGAUCUAUUAUUUUUAGUGGUUGGACUUUGUUUAACUAAGUUAUACGUUUUGUGAGGCAGAUUCAUGUCAUUGAUAGGUUCUAAAUAUCAAUUUUCAGAGAGAGGUUACCUACUGAAUAUUAUUGUCUGUUCAAUAUUCUCACUAUUAAAACUAUCAUUUAUUUAUAAAAUCUCUUUAUUUGUAAAGAUUAUCAGAAACAUGGACCCUCUACAUGACUUGGAAAAAUAAAAAAUCUAUUCUGCAUGUAUGUAGCAUCUGAUUCAUCACUCGAAAUUAUUUAAAAGAUCAUUUUUCAUUUACAGAAAAUUCCAAACACACAUCUCUGAAGCAGUGCUGAAACAUUAGCAAUAUAGCAUAGGGACAAAUUUAUAUAUGCAGAAACAAUUUGUACAAUUCAUAUUCUUAUCAUGAUCCCACCUUUGUAUUUCUUUUACAUUCCAAUUUACCGUUCUGUCCCUUUUUUGUUUAGGUUACAUGUAAACUUAUCAUUUUUAUUUCAUUACGCCCAGACAUCUACUUCACUAAAAUUCUGGAAUUUGAUUCAUCCUAAUUUUAUUACUGCAUUACCCAUUUUAGUAAGAUCUUUAUUUACCUAGUUGUAAAACAAUCACACCAUAAACUCUAAUUCAUUUUGAACUAUGUUGAUAGUUAAUGCUUUGAAGGAGGAGUAGUACGAAUCUUCUCACAUGAUUACAUAAAUAAACGAUUCGCACACAUUUCCGAAUCAUUUUAUUGUAACAGGUUAAAUUCACUUACCAAGUAUAGAAGUAUGAAUACAUGCAGAGCGAAUAUAUGUUGAUCAUUUCAUUUUUCAACAAUUUUCUCAUCAAGCUGUUUUGUACUAGUUAAAUUAUACUUUUGACCCUUAUUAAAUUAAUUCUUGUUGAUUGGUCACCUAUCAUCAGUAAAAGCCUUCCUUUAUUUCAGACUGACUAAAUUCAUGGCUUCCAAACGAUUAUUUCCAAAAAUUGAAUGUCAGCCUCAGUGCAUCAUUAAAUCGAAUAAAACAUUUCUAAACAUUAAACUGUUUUCUAAUACAUUCUCUCUCGAGACGUGCUUUUUUGUAUAUACAGGUUACUUUCAAUGUCAGUUUUCUCAGUAUUUUGUCGUAUACAUAUGAUAAUAUGAGUAUGUAUUUUCCAAGCAACAUUUAUGUGUUCUAUGCAAUAAUAAUUACUAAUAAGUGACUUCAUAGCCAUAAUUACAAAAUAUGUAUUGUGCUUGGUGUUUGAUCAUACUGUAAAAUAAUAGUAGUGUAAAGACGAAUGCUUUCUCUAAUUGAAGUCAGCAUGAUAUUUAGUUACAGCAAAAAACCUAAUAACAUACAGUGUGACUACUAGGAAUUAUUACUAUUUCUCAAAAAUGACCUUUUUUACCAAGAGUUGAAUCACCUUGAUUUUGUAUUCAAAGAUUUAAAAACAAGAUGAUGUAAAGUAGUUCCUCCUUCUCUAAGAUUUCGUCGUUAGCGGUUCAUUAUUGAGGUCAUGUUUAAAUAUGCAACAAAUCCAACUCGAAUAUGAUUGGUUAUUUCUUGAGUUUAUCGUAAAAUAAAAUUUAUUGUAAAAAAUUAUUAUAAGUCCUUUUUCUCUGAUUUACCGAUGACUAGAAUCCAGUUAUUGCUAGAUGGCUUCUGUAUUGUUGUAACUGACCUAGACCAAUAUAUGGUUGAGAUAGUUCACUGAAGAAAAUCUUAACAAUGAUCUAAUAGUAUUUCUAUUUCGUAGUUUUCUUCGUUAAAUAAAAAUAUCCCAAAUUGUAAGAAAUAUGAUGAAUACCUUCUAUGGAGCGAUAUCACCUGAUUAUCAAUAUAAAUACGAAAAAAUGUUUCAUUAUAAUCUGGAAUCACAAAACCAUUUAGGGUACAGGUAAAGGUAAGAAAUUUUUAAACUAAUCAAACUUAUGCAAUAUGUGUAAACUGAAUAUUACAAAAUCUUCGUAGCAAGCAGUGCACUGAUAAUCUAUUAAUCAAAAUAAACAAAUAUCAUUUACUUUUUCAUUUAUGUAGGCGGCAUGACAUUUGAAAUAUAAAUGUAAUGAGAUUUUUUUUAUCGAACUGGUUUAUCCAACUUAUUUUGAUUUAAUACUAAUUUAGAAGUAUGAGACUCC